AUGAUUGUCCUCUCUCGUCCCCUUGUGCUGCUUCUUUCUGCUGCUGCAGGACAAGGGCAUUCUCACACUGCUCGAUUCAGCUUGGGCGAGUCAAGUACAGCACGGUGGGACUUCAUCAGCAAGAACCUCGACGCCGUGGUAUCAGAGCACGAGGCGCUGCUGCAGAAGUCCACAGAUCCCUUUGUGGCCGCGCUCUUCCCCGCGGUUCAAGAGGAGGUGAAGGAGGGGGGCGGGAAGGGCGGCAAGGCCACCACCAAAUUCGCUUCUCUUGGGAAGUCGUUCAAACUACAACUGGCACAGCUGAUGGAGACGGCUGAACCGCACAGGAACCGCACUACAUCCGGUACAGCGGUCGUGCUGUUUGAGAAGAGCGUGGUGGUGGAGCAGCUGCGAUUCGGGGGGUACAGCGGCUCGUUGCUGUUUGAGAAGAGCGUGGUGGUGGAGCAGCUGCGAUCGGGGGUACAGCGGUUCGUGCUGUUUGAGAAGAGCGUGGUGGUGGAGGCAGCUGCGAUCGGGGGUGAGUGCAAUGGGGAUAAGGAGGAAGGGGUUUGGAGAAUUCUAAAAAAUACCCAUCGUGGAGCAACUGCGGUCGGGAAGUGGGUGGGGGAGGCGAGGGGUGAGGGGUUGGGUGAGUUGGGCGGGAGUGAUGGGUCGGGCGGAAUGUGCUGGAGUGUUGGAGGCCAUUCGCAUGUGCUCGGCGGGCUACCCCACUCGCCGCCUCUUUGCGACUUUAUCUUUAUCGACAGAUUCUCGCUGCUCGUGCCCACCCUCUUUGACAAGGAGAUGUCAGACCCCGAGUACGUGGAGGUCAUUCUGCGCCAUGCCAAGCUGGAGAACUACCAGGGGGGUGGUAUGUGCACACUUGCGCAUCCGUGUGUGCAAGUGGGGGUAGAACCACCAGCAGUGACGCACGACAACUAUGAUUCCCCGCACUCCACCCCUCUCCCGCACAUCGGCAAGUCCAAGGCAUUCCUACGGGCGGGCCAGGUGGCGCUGAUGGAUGGAGACAUCGGCAAGUCGAAGAUAUUCCUGCGGGCGGGGCAGAUGGCUCUAAUGGAGACGUGCCGUCUCGAGAUAAUGAACGCUGCUGCUGCCCGCAUUCAGCGUGCCACGCGCCGCUUCCUCUUCCACCUGCACCGCGCCCGCGCCGCCCUCUGCAUCCAGAAGCUCUGGCGCGCGGCGCCUGGCAGCGACAUGCAUUCAGCGCAUGGAGAGAGGACGGCAGCAGCGCAUGCGCUUCCUCACACAAUCCCUCCCCUCCCUUCCCUUCCGUUCCCUUCCCUUACUUGUCUUCUGUUCCCUACCGCUGCCAACCUACACGGCACGGGUGUUAGUGCACCACCUGCGGCAGCGCCUGGCAGCAACGUGCAUCCAGAGAAUGGAGCGGGGCCGGCAGCAGCACAUGCGCUUCCUCACAACAUCCCUCCUAUCCCGUCCUUUCCUUCACCCCCCCUUCCAGCCUACAAGGCACGGCUGUUUGUGUACCACCUGCGGCAGCGCCUGGCAGCAACGUGCAUCCAGAGAAUGGAACGGGGCCGGCAGCAGCGCAUGCGCUUCCUUGUGCUGCGACGGGCUGCAAUCACCAUCCAAGCCAAGUACCGCAUGCAUCUGUAUCGCAUGCGCUACCUGCACAUGCGGGAUAACCUUGCUGCCACCUGCAUUCAGGUGUGUGUCAGUGGUGUAUUUGUGAGGACAGGAUCCCCCACCUGUCUUCUCCUCGCAAGCCCUGGAAGGCAAUUUGAUGUUCUCUCCCCCCCAUCCACUGGCACCCCCCCAUCCACUGGCACCCCCCCAUCCACUGGCACCCCCCCAUCCAUUGGCACCCCCCCAUUCACUGGCACCCCCCCAUCCACUGGCACCCCCCCAUCCACUGGCACCCCCCCAUCCACUGGCACCCCCCCAUCCACUGGCACCCCAUCCGCCCCAUGCAUGCUCUCUUUCAUCCAUACCACCUCCCCAUUGUCCCACGCAUCCCUUCCUACCCCCCAGUCUUCUCUCCCACUCCCGCUCUGCCCCCCCUCUACCCGCCUCUCUCCAGAGCCACUGUGUCACUGGCGCGGCUAUGCGGCUCGGAAGCCAUGGAAGGCCCUGCGGCAGUACUUCUUUGCACGCCUGGCCAGGCUGCGAUAUAAGAACCUCAAGCUGGUGCGUGCCCGCCUGUACUUGAUUGGCCCCACAUCCCUCUCAUUUGAUGCCAUUCACCCAUCUCAGCUUGAUCACCCCUCCAGCACUCCCGCUGCCCCUUCCUCGCUAGUCUCCUUUCAGUUUCUGCCAGCUGUUUCUCCUUCCAGCUCCCAGCCUUGUGGUUAUUUAUCGCGCUUGCUUGCUCCUCUGCUUUCCUCCCAUGCCUGCCUUCUAUUCCACCAAUCACAGGAGGCGACUCGCAUUGCUGAGCUGGCGCCGCCACGCAAGAAGACGGAGGUAGCAAUGGAUACGAUUCGCAUGAUGGUGCUGUGCAACGUGACGACAAGGCGGAGAAGGGGGGCAGGCGUUGGAACGCCAGCUGGCAGAGGCAUGAGAGGAGGUGGAGCGGCGGGGCAGGGAGAUUGCCCGGCUGCAGGCUGCAGGAGAUGCUGGAUGCGGAACAGGCGGGGAGAGGCUGCAGAGGGUGAGGCGAUCCAAUUCUUCUCCGUGCCACUUAUCCCUCUCCCGUACCAUUCCCCCUCUCCACUCACUCUCCCCACUCUUCUACCCCAGGACAAGGCAGAAAAGGGGCGGCAUGCGUUGGAACGCCAGCUGGUAGAAGCACGAGAGGAGGUGGAGCUGCGGGGUAGGGAGAUUGCGGCACGCGGCAGGGAGAUAGCUCGGCUGCAGGAGAUGCUGGAUGCGGAACAGGCGAGGGCAGAGCCUGCAGAGGGUGAGGCGAUCCAAUUCUCCUCCGUGCCACUCAUCCCUCUCCAUAUCACCCAUUCCCCCACUUCCCACACUUCCCUACCCCAGGACAAGGCAGAAAAAGGACGACAGGCGCUGGAGUGCCAGCUGGCGGAGGCAAGAGAGGAGGUGGAGCGGCGGGGUAGGGAGAUUGCGGCACGCGGCAGGGAGAUAGCUCGGCUGCAGGAGAUGCUGGAUGCGGAACAGGCGAGGGCAGAGGCUGCAGAGGCGGAGGUGAGGACGAUGGUGGCGGAGCGGGAGGAGCAGCGGGAGGAGCAGCAGCAGCACUUGGUGAAGAUGAAGGAGCUCUCUGUGCUGCCUGACGUGCUCAGCCAUACGCCCACUGCUGCUUCUGCUGCUGCUGCGGGGCCUGUACUGUGUGCUCGGUGUGCGGGGAGAGUGGAGGCAUCAGGAGGCAUUCCCGUGUCCCCUUCGUCCCUCCGCUCCCUUGCCUCUCCCUCCUCCCGCCGGCCUCCCCGUUUGCUGUAUCUCCCAGGAGAACCCCUACUGCCGCUGCUAGAGAUGAGGCUAGGGUGUUUUACCAGUGGCGCCGCCGCCGCCGCCACUGCUGCCGCUGCUGCUGCUGCUGCUGCUGCUGCUGUGCUGCUGCCAGUGCUGCGUCUGUUGACCCACAGGACGGCGCUUGCCAACCAUUUCCUGCCGCCCAUUUUGGAAAGAUCUGCACAGAGCGAGGCGGAUCUAGUGGAGGCAGAAGAGAGGGCCGGGAACAGAGGCAAGGACGGCAGUGGGGACGAGGAGCAGGAGGAGCAAGCCGGUGCCAGUGCCAUCCGCGAUAGACUCACUCUGGACGUGGGCGCUGGCAGCACCACCAGUGGCGCUGCUGCUGCUGCUGCCGCUGCAGGAGCAGCAGCAGGAACAGCAGCAGGGACAGCAGCAGGAACAGCAUCCGGGGGAGCAGCAGCAAGUGUGGGCCCAGGGGGGGGCGCUCCUCUGCCUCCCAGCGACAGCAGCAGGCGCCCCAUGCGCCCCCGUGCCGCCUCCUCUUCAGGCUCAGGCUGGCAGAUGCGCGAGGAGAACAACUGGCUGCGGGCGGCCUACAAGGAGGCGGUGCACAAGGCAGAGGUGGCGAGGCAGGCAGGGCCGCAUGUGUCUGUCACCAACGCGCUACAACUCACCCCCCACCCCUCGUGUCCCCUCUCGUCAGAUGCGCGAGGAGAACAACUGGCUGCGGGCAGCAUACAAGGAGGCGGUGCACAAAGCAGAGGUGGCGGCAGCACUGGCGGCGCAUGCGGGCCCAUGUCAUCCCUGUGUCCUUUACUCUGCUCCCCACCUCCCUCAUCAGAUGCGAGAGGAGAACAACUGGCUGCGAGCAGCCUACAAAGAGGCAGUGCACAAGGCAGAGGUGCGGCAGCACUGGCGGGCGCAGAGAGGGCGCGGGCGGAGGAGGCGGAGAGGAAUGUGGCAGCAAGGGAGGAGGAGAUGCGGGAGGCCCUGGUGCGAUGCCAUGAGCUGCAGGAGAAGCUGCUCGGCAAAGCGCGGGAGGUGCGCACGCUGAGUUCAGAGGCUGAUCGCCUUCCAGGCCAGCAUGGCCAACGCCAACCCCGCCAUGCCCUCGACAAGCAGCAGGUGCGAGCUAAACCUCCUCCCAGUUGGGUUCUGAGAAUUCUCCUAUAUUUGUAG